AUGCAUUUCUCUCAGCUUUUUGCCGUGGCCUUGGCCCCCGCAGCCGUCGUUGCCCGUUCGGCAGGUUCUGCUAUGGUCUCUCUCAGCUCGCUGGACGAGUGCAAGAAUGGCUUCCCAGACGAACAGGGUCAGGUGCACCAACCCUCGCCCGUGGUCGCCAGUCCGUAUACUUGUGAAAGAGUCGCGCUCAACCACGACGAGCUGUUCUUUGCCUUCCAUGCGAAGCUGAUCGGCUCUGAUACCGCUUCCUACUGUAGGGGUAUCAAGGUUUACGACAAUGACCACUGCGAUGGCUCCCCUCGGUAUUUCGUUCCCUUCCAUGGGGACAAGUUGGAUGUGCAGGAUCGCUGUGUCCACGAGGACUACUUCGAUAAUGAUGUGAAAUGGUUGGGGAUCCAGCUGGAUUGUGAGGACGAAGGAGAACCGAAGACUGCCAAGAAGAAGGAGGAGGAGGUAGCUCAGCCAGUUGCACCCAAGCCUGUUGCAUCUCAGCCGGCUGCCCCUGCCCCUGCGCAGGCAGCACCUCAACCCGCUGCGGGUCCCCUUGGCAUCAUCCCGGGUAUUCUGUGA